AUGUUGUUGCUGCAGUUAUCUCUGACGGUGAACCCCCUGAUGGGUUUGAAGUCUCAUAAUAAUAAGAAAACUGUUCCGGUGCUCAACCAGCCUUCCCUUUACUUAUUCAAACACCUGGAACGCGGCUACCCGCCGCGUCAGCCACCUGCGCCCGAUCCCGCUUCCGGUCUUCUCGAUUCUGCCGUGACACCGAUAAGCGAGGUAGGAGAGGGAGCUGAUAAGGCAGAAAUGGCCAUUCUAGUCUCCCUUGUCUUUGCCAGCAAUACUAUCUCCCUAAACUACCAGCUGUUACGACUGUCAGGGCCCCUGGCGACACCCAAGGCAGAGGGGGACAGAAGAGUCUCGUUUGCGGUCAGAUGA